AGCUGAAGAGCUAGCAAAGGAGCCGCCUGACCACAGAUUCCCAGAUUGGAUCAACCUCCGCGUGCAAAGACCCAAGGCUGCCACCGCACGCAUGCGCCCAACCAAACGCGCCAAAGCCAAAAAGGAGGAGGCACCGUCUCCACAGGACGAGCAGACCUUCAAAGACCCGGAUACUAAUCAGGAUUUUCAAAUAGAAACUAAAGAUACUCAGAGGGAUAACUUUGAAGAGGAAAAAGAUAUCCUAAAAACCCCUGACAAUCCAUUGGGUUUUAUAAAAAAAGAACCAAUCGACGAGGAUGGUAAUGGACCCUAUAUCCCUGGAGCAUUAACUGAACCAGAAAAAAGGCACGACAGUCACAACCUUCUAGUCAAAGAAGCCGUAGAACAGAUUCAUGGUCCUCAAGAAGACGACGAAGACACAUUUUGGCGGAAAGUAGCCGAAAACGCCGAGAAAAAUGAACAGCUACGCGAAGAGAAUAUGAAACACAAAAAAAGUGGGACACCCAAACUACCCUACGUCAACGUCUCUCAAAAUUUUCAGUUCGCGAAGAAGAUGCACGUAGGGAAUCUGGAACAUCAGCCGCUUCCAGAUACAUUGGGUUACCGUAAUAUGACUAAAAUUGCUGAGCACAGGGACUCGGAUAUUAUUGUCAAACCAUACGCUAUUGGCUGGAAAGGUUACGGCGCAUCAGGACCUACUUGCUGCACAAAAAUGCGCGUUCAUAGACCCAAAACCUGUGAUAAUAAGAAAAGUGACGGAGAUAAAGAGCCGAAAAGACCGUCCACAUCAGGACCUAAUUUAGGCGGUCAAUACAACAAGAAGCCACUGUCUCUUAUGGAUCUAGCAAUUUGUUGGGACUUCAGACUUGACGAUCCAAAUCACGAGCCUAGACGACCAAAACAUAUAGAUGGAUCAAACGGCUCGAAAGCACCGGCGGUGUUUACUAUGGUGCACACUCCUAAAGAGGAGGUAAUCGAAGAGUUGACCGGACACGCUAAUCCAAUUUUCAAUCAGAAUCGACUAGGCGACGAUAUGAGUCGUCAUCCUGUGCCAUAUUUCGAGAAAGAUAUGACUAAGGAUAAACGGAGAAAUUCGUGUGAUGUUCAGUACUGUCCGCAACACAAUGCGCACAGCGAGAAAAGUUCUAAGUCGUCGAGCAGGAAGAGUUCCGCACACUCUGCGAAGAAGCCAGAGUGUGAUGGGAUACACGGUUGUGGAACUCCAAGCGACACUAGCCGGAAGUCUAGUCGCGAUAGGAGGCCAGAAAAACUCCAGCCUAUCAAAGAUGCGUGGAAUGUUCACACGAAUAAAAACACUAAAGUUGACAUCAACAGCAAUCAUAGGCACAGUCUGGAAUCUUACGAGAAGACUCCGCUCGCUCAGGGAAAAUUGCAUCAGAGUUCUCCAAUCGAGUCGCAGAAUUCCAGGCGCUCGACUAAAGAUAGCGUGUCGACUACACGGCAUAAGAAUUGUCUGCCUUGCUGUGAGAAGGCUCCUCCUGAGGUUAAGCAGAAGGAAGAUUACAAGUUUGCGUUUAAGGCUGGGAAUCCGAACUCGGUGAAUAGCGUUUCUGGUUCGAUGGAUUCGAAGGGUGUGAAAAUUCCGAAGAUGCGUCAUCCUUAUACAAAGAAGUCUUACACGAUUCCUACUUUAGCACCGCCGUUCAGUAUCUGGCGCGAGGCGAAUGCCAGUGGUUACCCCGAGCACUGGCGCUUAGCUAGCGUUUACCAACACGCAUACAAACCGCCGGAACAAAGACGCAAGCCUCUCAUAGAGAGUGUGUACCAGUGAACACCGUAUAACAAAAGAGUUUGUAGGUAUUACAAUGUCAAAAACUUCCACUUUAAAUAUUUUAUCUCUGUAUUCAUAAUUUCUGUGAUUCACAGUGUUUAUUUAUGAGUAAUUUCAGAGUUUGCCAAUAAAGUUAUAGAUAGUUAUCUGAUAUCUAACAAACAAUAAAGGUCGCUGGUUACCAGUAAUUUUAUCUGAUAUUGAUAUCGAUAUUCAACAUCUUUGAAACUACAAGAAUAUCUAUUACAUUUCGUCUAUUUCAUCCAGUUGGAUAUCCAUCGGGUAAACUUGUAUUUAAACUUCUAUUAGCAAACUCUGACCUUCUAGUAAUCUUAUCCUGCUCAUUUAUAAUCGUAGGUUAAAAUGAAAGCAAUUGUUCCACAUAAAUGUUUAUUGGGUCCAAUUACCAACACAUUGC